UGCAGCUCUCUUGCUGCAUCCCGCCUGUGGGCCGCCGACUGCAUUUUCUGCCUUCUGCAGCUACAAGGCCAGUCCAGGACAAUGGAUGCAGCAGAGGGGGAGCUGAGAGGUCUCCGGGAGGAGCUCAAAGCUGCCAGCCCUGAGGCUGUGCUGACAUCAUCCUGCCAAAUGGCGAAGGUCACUGGCAAAUUCUUGCCCUCCACCCAGGCCCUUGAUUUGGUGGGGACAAUAAUGGAUGGCAUGCUUUCUGCCAGCCCCACGUGUGCCACAGCAGCAGGCCACUGGUUCUGUGCAGUCCUGAGGGAGAAUGGAGAUGCCCUUCUGAAUGAGGUGCCGGACAUCCUGUCCACUAUCUUUAUACGGAUGCCAACAAUGCAGGAGAGGUCCAUGCGAGGCUUCCUGUUAGAAGGCGUUGGCAUUCUUGCCAUGUUUCACCUAGAGGCAGUGAUCACCAGCCUCCUUGCCAAGCCUCUGCCAAUGGACAGUGACACCUCUGAGCUCUGGAGGGCCUUGGGGAGGGAUGAUGUCUCCACCCUCCAUAUACUCCGUUUGCUUCUGGAGAAGAUCCACUAUCCAGCUGGCACAGAGGGUAGCCCAUCUGAGGGCACUGCAGCCCUGGGACCUCUCGCAGCAACAUGUGCAUCUCUGGAGAUGCUGACUACCAUGCACUCCAGCUCAGUCCUGAGGGAGCUACUCCCCGAGCUCCUGUGUGCUCUUCUAGAGCAAGUUGGCCACACCGUGGGGCAGGACAUGCCGAUGCCCACAGCAAGCAUCCGGCGGAGGCAGCUGCAAAAGGGGCAGGUGUGCACAGUGGGCAACCCUUGCAGGCUUUCUAUGGAGACCCUGGCCUGCGCUAUAUCAAAGGGCCUGGGGGAGAGAGUGGCUGCAGACCUUUCCAAAGCAGGAACCUGGCCACUACUUGAGAGCCCUCAGACACACCACGAGGGGGUGUGCCAGCUGGCCAGGACUCUUCUCCCACUGGGAGUAAUAACGCCCCAAUUUAUAGGGCAGGUCUUGAAGUGGGCCAGUUCCCCAACGGAAAAUCUCCGUGUGACUGGUACGGCCUUCAUCAGCCAGCUUAUGUGUGACCCAGUCCUUGAAGAUCAAAAGCUCCUGAAGGCAGUCCUUUCUUUACUUCAGCAGCAAGCCAGGGACACAAAUAACCUUGUCCAACAAAUGGCAGCCAGAGGACUAGGCAACAUCGUGUACGGUGCCCCUGAGCAGCUAAAAACCCACCAGAAGGCCGUCGUGGAGACCCUGUUCCAGGCAUCAUUUGUUCCUGCCAGGCCUGAGAUCAGGGAGGAGGGCACGCGGGCACUCACCCGCGUCUUUAAACAUCUGGGGACGGAUGCGGGGCCCCUGGUUGAGGAUGCAGCUAUGCACAUCAGGCCCUUUUUUAACCAUGACAACGACGGUCUUCACGCCGUGGCUUUCUCCCUCUUCGGCGCCCUGGCAGGCUGCAUGAAAAGAAGGCAAGCCUUUUAUAAAAACCAGGUGAGGCAGAGCCUGGGAACACUCCUGCUUCACCUGGAGGACCCCAACCCGCAGGUGGCCAAGGCCAGAGAAAAACCUGCUCUUUUGGAGGGUCUCUGCCAGGCAGCCCAGGGACACUACUCAAGCCCGUGGCCAGAAAUUCAGAUGGCAGCCAUCCAAUUUACAGGUAUCCUUCUGGAGUAUGCUGCCCCCAGGAGUGCCGGACAGAUAAAGGUUGCACGCCUGCUGAGCUCUCUGCAAACUCUGGGACAGGACACCUCCCAGGAGGUCCAAGAUGUGGCCACUCAGGUUGCAGAGGCUAUUUCUAAAAGCCCUUGGGGCAGCAUAUUGCAAGAAGAGGAAAACCAUGGGCAUACCCUUCCCUAUAUCACUUCAUUGCUCUGUUUUGGGUGCCUAAGGCCCCGCUCCAUUUAAAAGCAAGCUCCUGAAUUUGUAUAUGUUCAAUAAUAAAUGAUG